AUGCGGUUGCUCGACACUCGAACAGGUCAAUUCGUGGAGAAGGACCCCAGAGAAACUAGAUACGCCAUUCUGUCGCACACCUGGGACAAGGUCGAGCAGACCUACCAAGACAUCCUUGACAUCCAGACCUCACUGUCACUGAAAGUGCGGGAGGCAUGCGCAGUGGCCCGCGCCAGCAGCUUUCAGUACAUCUGGAUAAACUCGGGCUGUAUUGACAAGACAAGCAGCUCAGAGUUGUCCGAGGCUAUCAAUUUGAUGUAUCAGUGGUACGCCUAUGCGGAGGUGUGCUACGCCUAUCUCUCCGACGUCCCCUCCGAUGAAGACCCCCGCGCGUGGCUUUCCAGAUUCCGUAGGAGCCGGUGGUACGAGCGCGGUUGGACGCUCCAGGAGCUCAUCGCUACUCUGACUGUGACGUGUCUCUCCAAGGACUGGAAGGUGAUUGGCUCGAAGCACAGCCUUUCCGACAUUGUCGAGGAGAUCACGGGAAUCCCUGAGGAAGCUCUGCUGCACACUAGAGCUCUUGACAGCUUCAGUGUAGCUCAGCGGCGGACAACGAGGGUGGAGGACCGAGCAUACUCGCUCCUAGGCAUCUUUUGUUGA